AUGCGACUUGUUUUAGAAUGUCGGUACAAGUUAUCUCAAAAAUACACAAGUUUUUUAAUCUUUCGUAAAGCCUCGUGUAGUAAAUCAGCAUUAAACAAUUUCAGUCCUUUUGCUUACCAGCAUUCAAAACAUAUAUCUUCCUCUUCUUGCACGAACCUUCAGACUAUGCCAGAUCCGCCGCAGGCAGACGUCCUUCAUAAAAGAAAAUUUGGUAGCCGUUUUUUCAUAUUAAAUCGUCCAAAUGUUCUAAAUGCAUUGGAUCUAAGCAUGGUUAGAAAUAUGACACCACAAUUACAGGCAUGGAAUGAAUCCCAUCUAUGUAAAGUAAUCAUUCUUAAAGCUAGAGAAAAGGCGUUUUGUGCUGGUGGCGACGUAAAACGUGUUGUAGAAUUGGCGACAAAAGAGAAGAAUGGUGAAGAUGAUCUUCGAGCCCUUCAGUUUUUCGAAGAAGAGUACCAGCUUAAUCAUCUUAUCGCCACGAUAGAUAAACCAUUUGUUGCCUUGAUGAAUGGCAUUACUAUGGGAGGUGGCGUUGGUCUAUCAGUUCACGCGCCAUUUCGCGUCGCUACUGAAGAAACGGUAUUUGCCAUGCCAGAGACUAAUAUCGGGUUUUUCCCUGACGUUGGUGGAUCCUUCUUUUUACCAAGAAUGGACGGAGAGGUUGGAACUUAUCUAGCAUUGACCGGCGCAAGGCUACGUGGCAUAGAUGUUUUUUUGUCUGGAAUUGCGACACAUUACGUCCCUUUAAAUCGAUUAUCGCAUUUGGAAGAUCGGUUGAGUGAACUAGAGAGUGAUGAUCAUGAGGUGAUAAAUGCAGCCAUUGAAGAUUUUGUAGCGGAGCCUGAACAAAAUCAUAUUUAUGCUCUUGGUGGGAAUAUUAGAAAAGCCAUCGAUCGGUGCUUUAAGAGUAAUACAGUGGAGAGUAUUAUUGAUGCGUUAUCUAAGGAAGAAGAUAAGACAUGGUCAAAUAGCGUAAUAGACACUUUAUCAAAAAUGUCGCCUACAAGUCUAAAA